AUGGGGUUUUUCAAGUACCAGGAGUCACCAACAGAUGGGUUGCCAGCUGGAGCGACAACCAUAAUGAUCAGGGGUGUGGCCCGAAGUAUGAGCCUCGAUGCUUUCAUUCGCCUGCUUUUCAUGAUCACGGAGAACUUUGACCUCGUUUACGUGCCGGUGGGGAGCAAGACUUCGACGAACUUAGGGCUGGCCUUCGUCAACUAUGUUGACGAGGAGUCCGCGAGGAUCGGCUUCAGCGCCCUCUGCAAGGCGCGAGGGCCGCAACAGUUUCGAUUGGUGAAGUCCGCUUACGUGCAGGGCUUCUGUCCGAACCUUGCCUUUAUCUUGGCAUCCGGGAACGACAUGGAGGUGUCGGCUGGCCAUCAUGAUCUCGUGAUGGCAAUGUUUGACAACGGACGCCGAGUGAAGGACGUCGCCGCCCGUUUCCAGGAGAGCGUGACCCCGGAACUGUUUGCCGAAGCACAGGAACUUGUGGCCCGAAUUGAGAGCGAGCACCGGAAGGACUCCAGCACAGAUACUUCGGCAUCCUGGCGGCCAGAGGCAUACGGCAGAUCCCAAGGUUCCUCUCAGUCGUCACGCUCAUCUGCGAAUGCCAGAAACUACCGUAACUCUCAAAGCAAUAGCCGGGUGGCAUCCUAUGGCCGCAGUUACGCGAAUUAUGGUGGGAUGGGCUAUGCGGAGCAGUGCAUGGAGCCGCCAAGCCCUUGGUUCCAAGAGGCUUUCAUGCCGCACGGCAACCGCCCCUGUGCGGGUGACGGGGUGCAUCAAAUGCCAAUGCAGUCAAUGCCUCCCAUGAAUGCUGCAAUGUACCCACUCCAACCCCAGACGCAAAUGCAACAAGCAGCAGCUCGACAGCUGCAGCUGCAACAACAACAACUGCAACUGCAACAGCUACAGAUGCAGCAGUCGCAGCUGCAGCAAAACCUCCAAGAUCGUCGAGCGCAUCCCCAGCUGCAGCGCGAAGAGCUCUACCAGGUCCCCCAACAGCCGCCGGUGCCUUCGUUCGUGCAGCAGAGGCCUACGAGGCAGCGUUUUCUCUCGCCGGAGGAGCCGGAACGGGUAGUCUUCGAACUCUAA